GCCAGAAGAAGGCCAGGAAGUGCCAGCGAUGGGAAGUUGUGCCCUGAGGUAUGGAGCGCUGCCCUGGAUCACCAAGACCAGACAUGCUCCCCGAGGCGGGUUCCCUGUGGCUGCUGCGGCUGCUCCGAGACCUCCAGCUGGCCCAGUUUUACCGGCCCAUCCUGGAGGAGCUUAACGUGACUCGGCCGGAGCACUUCGACUUUGUAAGAGCUGAAGAUCUGGAUGGCAUUGGCAUGGGCCGGCCUGCCCAACGUAGACUGGCUGAAGCUCUGAAGAGGCACCGUUCGGGGCUCAAGUCUAAGAACUGGGUCUACAAGAUCUUAGGGGGCUUUGCCCCUGGGCAGAAGGAGACCACCCCACCCUCAGAUAGCCUUCCAUCCCUCCCUGAGCCAGAUGGGAGACUCAAGUGUCUGAUCCCAGACCGGGCUGUGUGCCGAGGGGAGCUUCUGGGCUCCGGCUGCUUUGGCAUGGUGCACCGAGGGCUGUGGACACUACCCAGCGGCCAGACUGUCCCAGUGGCUGUCAAGUCCCUCCGGGUGGGUCCCGAAGGUCCCGAGGGCACUGAGCUAGAGGACUUCCUGAGAGAAGUGUCCGUCAUGAUGAACUUGGAGCAUCCACACGUGCUGCGUCUGCAUGGCCUGGUACUGGGCCAGCCUCUGCAGAUGGUGAUGGAGCUGGCGCCCCUGGGCUCCCUGCACGCGCGUCUGACGGCCCCGGCCCCCACGCCCCCGCUGCCCCUGGCCUUGCUCUGCCUCUUUCUGCGGCAGGUGGCAGGGGCCAUGGCGUACCUGGGGGCCCGUGGGCUGGUGCACCGAGACCUGGCCACUCGCAACCUGCUGCUGGCUUCACCGCGCACCAUCAAGGUGGCUGACUUCGGGCUGGUGCGACCGCUGGGCGGUGCCCGGGGUCGCUACAUCAUGGGCGGGCCCCGACGCAUCCCCUUUGCAUGGUGUGCGCCCGAGAGCCUGCGCCACGGGGCCUUCUCGUCUGCCUCGGAUGUGUGGAUGUAUGGGGUGACGCUGUGGGAGAUGUUCGCUGGGGGCGAGGAGCCCUGGGCCGGGGUCCCGCCAUACCUCAUCCUGCAACGGCUGGAGAAGGACCGAGCCCGCCUGCCCAGGCCUCCUCUCUGCUCAAGGGCCCUCUACACCCUGGCCUUGCGCUGCUGGGCCUACCACCCUGCUGACCGGCCCACCUUUUCUGACCUAGAGGGGCUGCUCCAAGAGGCCUGGCCUCCUGAGGGACGUUGUGUGAGGGAGGUCAUGGAGCCCGGUGCCCUGAGGAUGGAGCCUGGAGACCCCAUCACUAUCAUCGAGGGCAGCCUUGACUCCACAACCUGGAAGGGCCAGAACGGUCGCACAUUCAAAGUGGGCAGCUUCCCAGCCUCAGCGGUGACGCUGGUAGACCCACCAGCCACCCGCCCUGUCCUCAGAGGCAUCCCUGCCCGGGGAGAGCGACACCAGAGAAACGCAGAUGGGGACAGAGGGAAGGCAAAACUUCAGGAUGCCCCUCAGGCUCGGGGCCAGAGAAGGAAUGUGGCUCUGCAGAGGACUAAAGGCAUUUCCAAAAGUCUGGAGUCAGUUCUUUCCCUGGGCCCCCGCCCCACAGGAGGUGGGUCGAGCCCCCCUGAACUUCGACAUGCCAGAACUGGGCCCCAGGGACCCCCAGGCCGGCUACCCCACCUUCCCAUGGCCGCCAGCUCUUCCCAGCCUCCCAGGGAGCGGCCUCCCUGGCCCAAAAGAGAACCCCCCAACAGUCACCCCAUAGGAGCACCUGGAGCCAGCAAAGCCGCCAUCCCCUCCGGAGGACCCCUGUCCGACCCUGAGCUACAGAGGAGGGUUAUGGAGGUGGAGCUGAGUGUGCACGGGGUCACCCACCAGGAGUGCCAGGCUGCUCUAAGAGCCACCGGGGGAGAUGUGGUUUCUGCCAUCCGGAACCUCAAGGUAGAGCAGCUCUUCUACCUCAGCAGCUGGUCCAGAGCGGACUGCCGGCGCAUCCUGGAGCGUUACCAGUGGGACCUCUCGGCCGCCAGCCGCUAUGUCCUGGCCCAGCCCUGAGCUCUGUUCUUUGAACACAGACACCAGACAGACCAAGGGCCUGGCCACAUGAGACCAGGCAGAAGCAGAACAAGGUCCCAACAGGCUUGUGGUAGGUACAGGAGGAGCCCAGCAUCGGGCACCGGUGUCUCCUCACCUGCCCCUUGGCCUCUGAGGGCACAAGCUCCCUUGGCCAUAGGAGGAACUAGUCCAUCCUGCCCAACAAGAGGGAAUACUUGGAGGAGCGGAGCUGUGACACAUCAUGCCCACAGGAAGCUUCUGUCACUACAGAAAAUGAGCACAAGGCCAUUCUGGGUCAUGGGAGAAGCCAUCCUGAACUGCCAUCAGCUACCACACUGGGCUCCGUGGGGGCAGCCAUCUUGGAUGACUUGGGGAAUACGGCCUCAGCUGCCUUGGCAUGGUCUGGGGCCAUCAUGGGUGAUGAAAGGGGCUCUCUUAGACUCAAGGACACAUGAUCUUGUCAGUGUGAUUAUGAGAUUAUGAGAUGGUCCAGCCCCUGCCUAUCCCAGCUAUCAUAUUUCCCUUUGUCUCUUCCCACACCCAACUCUUUCUCCUACCCUCUCCCAUUACAUACAUCUUC